AUGAUGACCAAACCAUAUGUAAAGCCUGGAGAUGUGCCUGAGUUGGUCAGCACUUUGGGCUGGAUCGAGGAGGAUCUGAGCUCCCAGGACGGUGAGCAGACGCCGGACGCAGUGGAUCAUUAUAACCUAAACAGAAGAAUUAACCAUGGCUCGAUAGAUCUCUGCAGUGAGGACAUGGAGGAGGAAGAGGAUGAUGAAGAGUGUGGCGUAGAUGGGGAGAAAGCACCUAAGCGCAGAGGACCUAAGAAGAAGAAGAUGACAAAAGCCAGGAUAGAGCGUUUUCGUGCUCGCCGUGUCAAAGCCAAUGCCAGGGAGCGCACACGCAUGCACGGACUGAACGAUGCCCUGGACAAUCUUCGUCAAGUCAUGCCGUGCUACUCCAAAACCCAAAAACUGUCUAAGAUUGAGACCCUGCGGCUGGCCCGCAACUAUAUUUGGGCACUGUCAGAGGUAUUGGAAAGUGGCCAAUCCACAGAGAGCCAUGGCUUUUUGGAGAUGCUCUGCAAGGGGCUGUCACAACCCACAAGCAACCUGGUGGCUGGAUGUCUCCAGCUGGGACCUGCAGCCAUGCUGCUCAACAAGCUGGAUGAUAAAAGUGGAUGUCUGGUAGCAGGUGGAGUGGGUGGUCAACAGGCACACUCUCUAAGUUACCCUUCGCCUGGUCUUCCAAGCCCACCCUAUGGCUCGCUGGAGGCCUCACACCUUCUACAACUCAAGGGAUUCAAAGGGUCAGCAUAUGAUAAACACUCACCUAACGAGUGCAACAACGGGACGCCACCAUAUGAUGGCCCACUUACACCACCUCUCAGCGUCAGCGGAAACUUUGCCCCCAAGCCAGAGCCUGAUAACGAGAGAAACUACACUUCACACCCCACACUUCCAGUCCACUAUAUAUCUUCUCACCACUAUCAAGCGUCCUCCAUUGCUGGACUGCCGGGGUCUCAGGGCCACACUUUGUUCCCUGGCUCUAGAUUUGAGCUACCUUUAGACAUGGCAUUCGAGUCUUUUGCUCAGCCACACAUAUUGACCUCACAGGUGGGCACAAUUUACAGUGAAUGA